AUGAUCUGGCAGUUGCUGUGUCUUUUGCUUGUGGUUUUCGCUCAACUGGUGGCGUCGUCGCCCUCUCAACAGUUCCAUUUUGGCGCAGGAAUAUCCCACGAUGAUCUCUGGCGAGAGUGCUAUACCAAACAUCUUUUAAAGUCUCCAAACCAGCUUGAAAAUUGUUUGAAUAUCGACUGCUCUAAGAUAGAUCUCAAAAAUGGUGAAGAGGAAAGUGAAAUAUGCUAUGAGAUUCAAAGUAGCCUAAGGAAGCGUGGCAAAAGAUCUGAGAUUGAUACAUCGCUUGGCUAUGGUUAUGCGGUUGCCGAUUCUUUACGAAGUUUCUACGCUUCAAGUUUCCAACGACUAAUACAAAAUGUCAAUGAAGAUGGUGUUCGGGAGGUGAACGGGAAAUUUUUCACAAAAGUCGCUGACAAAGAUGUCCAAGUACUUUAUCCUCGAUCGCUGUUGAUCAACGAUAUUGGUUCUACUGGCAACUCCACCAGCUUAUCUGACUGGGAACCAAUAAGUGACAUCAUCGGUUCCAAUGAAACAAAAUAUUAUCAAUUCAACGUCAAUACUACGUCGACUGGGCUAUCUUCCUUCUACCAUAUUUUGGUCUUCUUGAGUGGGAAUAUCUGUACAUUACCAAAAGAUGUCGGCUUAACAAAUCAAUUGAUUGUUGAUUAUGGGUUUGACAUAAACUUGGUCCAGAAUAUUUCUAAUGCUACUUACUCAUCGACUAACUUUUCCCAUGGUUAUAUGAAAGGUUUGGCAAAACACGAUAUUCCUUCCAACCCUAACAACACAUUUGUCACUAUGUAUAUCAAGGUAUCAGCCCCGGCAACACAAAACUUGACAGAUAUUUGGGACUAUGAACUCGGGAUUUCUCAAAAGGAUUUGGUGUAUCAAUGGGAUAAUAGAACUUGGAUUUCUCUUGUUGAUUCAGAUGACACCUCCGCAUUAUUAGUAACCGGUAAUUUUUCGCUGGCCCCAAAUCUCAAUGUACCUAGUUUUAAUAGUACAAAAAAUAACUAUUAUGAGGUUUAUCUAUACCCAUAUAAUUCUGACGUGGAUUAUUUCAGAGGUUUAACCAACAGUUGGUGUGCUAUCAGAAAUGGGCCUGCAAUCUUGACCUCAGACGAUAUGGAGCUUAGCUAUACUAAUAGAAGUGAGAUGCUCCGGCAGCAAUUUUACAUUCCGGACUUGAAUACCUCGACAUCAUAUAUGGGCUUUGCAUUAGAAACUGAUCGUGAGGGGAACUAUGGUGGUACAGUAUUCAAAAAAAUCGAAUUCUCGACAAAGGACAGUGCGGCUUGCCAAUUGAUUUAUAAUUUAGAGUUUUGUUCCAACGUUGCCUACUCGGUUCCUGCCAAAGCAUCUUAUUCCGACUCUCAAGAGAAAGCGAAUUUAAAAUAUCAAUAUGACAACAACACUAGUGAUAUAUAUCAAAACUUUCUGAAAGCGUUGAACCAAAUUGCUUGCGAAACCGAAUCGGAUGCCAUUUUCUCACCGUUGACGUCUUGUGAUAAAUGUGCGGAGUCGUAUAAGAAUUGGCUUUGCUCGGUUACUAUUCCAAGAUGUACUACGGAUGAUCAACCCGAAUACGUUUUUAGAAACUCUAGCUCUUCCAGAACUCUGUUUGUCAACACGGAAAUCCAGCCAUUGUCUUAUUACGAGAUUUUGCCAUGUUAUAACUCUUGUUAUGCUUUAGUGAGAAAUUGUCCAGCGGAUUUUGGAUUUUCCUGCCCAGAUAAUGUUUCAACUAUAUCUGGAAGCACCUAUUACUGGGAUACCGGUGCCAGCUACCUCACUUGCAACUUUAUUGGAGCAACUUCAGAUAGUAGUUGGGGUAUUCAUUUAGUGACAAAUACCAAAUUACAAUUUUUCUGCAUUUUAUUUAUUCUAGGUUUUAUUUUAUGA